AUGGGCGCACUGAGCGGGCGUAUUCUGCCCGCCCUAGUCAUUACUAACCAUCCUUCGUCCCGCGACGCCAAGUAUGCAACCUCUAUCCGAACCCAAGGAGCGCGCCUAGAAACUAUCGCAGACCUCGAGGACACUUAUGGUCGUCGAGCUUGCGAGAGCAAUCUUUGCUUCCCUGAGAGGAUAUUGCUCUACCUCAACAGAGUCUCGGAGGGUCAGUUUGUGCAAGCCCACCAAGUCGAAGUGGAUGCCAUUCGGUCGGCUUCCAAGAAGCUACAAGUUAUGUAUGCUCCCAAGUGCCACUUUUGCCCCAAGGCUGCCAGGCCCCAGGUUGUCCAGGUUAUGCGAAAAUAG